AUGGCCCCCCUCGUCCCGGUCUUCUCCUCCGAAACCCUCCCUUCCCACGUCAACACGAUCCGGCGAAACUUCCACGAAGAAAAGCGUCGCAAAGGGCCCGCGAUCGACCUGAAAGAAUGCCCACUGCUCGAGAUGGUGCAGUACUCGUGCAAUCCGCCGCAGGAUGGGAUUCCGACACCGGGAAGUAUUGUGUGUAAGCCGGUUGUGCGGUUGUUUAGACGAUGCGCCGGGUUAACGGUUGAGACGACGUCGUGGGAGCCGAUUCGGUUGGCGAAGGAGGAGGGGGCGAAACGCGCAUCAUCUUGA